GGUUAAUAAUAUGGCCGUUGUCGUCUGGUCUGGAAUGUUUUGCUUUCGGAAAUAAUCAUUUCAUCUCAGGUUUUCGGAGCCAAAAUUAAGAAAUGUCCUGCGAGAUUAAAAAGGUCGCGAAUUUGGCAGAUCCAGUUGAUGUGAAAAAGCGCCUCUUGGGAUUUAAUGCCUCAAAAUUGAACUACGUACCUGAUGAUGAAUUGCCACUUCAGGAUAUUCUAAUUUCUUUUUCACCUGCUGGAGACAUUCUUGCGUUGGCAUGGAACACGAGAGUCGUCAUUUUAACAUCAAAAUGGAACUCACGAGAGCAAGACGACGUUAAAAACAAAUUCCACAUUUUAUGGGACGGAGAAAUAGAAUACAAACACAAAAUCACGUCAAUAUUAUGCCUUCCACUGAUAGCACAAGGAAAAGCAAGUGCUGGAGUUGGAAUCGAUUGGACCUGUCUCGCCGUAGGUCUAGAUUCUGGAUUUAUAAGAUUCUAUACCGAAACGGGAGUGAUGUUACUUGAGGAGCAACUUCAUAAUGAGAGCAUUUUGGGAAUAAAAUGCCAGUCACUUUCUGUGGCUCGAAAUUCUGGAGAUUCAGCAUCCUCAGAGGAAAUCUAUGUUCUGUAUAAUUCCGUGAUUUGUUUACUUCAAGGAUUUCCUCUUUUCUCGACUCUCAAGGCGUGCAGAAAUCACAUGGCACGAGUAAAAGCCAACUGUAAUGAUAAACCACCGGUGGCGAGUCUCGCCUGCAAAAAGUUAGGUUUCAAAAAUCAGGAUGUAACUAACGAUUCUGCAGUAAUUGGAAUGACGACAGUGAAUACUUUCGAUCAUCUGAUGACUGCUUCUCUCUGUGGUGGUUUCCAUACUUCCUAUCGUUCAAGUGCGCCGCAACAUAAUCUAGUUAUGGCAACGGGAAAAAGGCCUUUCAUUGGGUUUCAUUAUGCUUUGGAAGGUGGAGCAGUGCCCGUUUUAUCUGACGUUGCAAUUGCAAUGGCUAGCAAAGUGGCUAGUGCUAUUGGUUCCGCUGUUCCAUGGUUCCGUGGAAAUUCGAAAGGAUCAGCACAAGAAAAGCCCAAAGGCUCCGUGAAUGAGCCUGCCGAGGCGAUGAUGUGCAGGUUUGCUUUGAGUGAUAUCUUUCGAGAAGGAAACACGGUGCUUGUUAGUCCCAAGAAAACCCUAUCGGUGGUAACUGAUGCUUUUGGAAGAGUCAUAUUGAUAGAUAAUAGACAAGGAAUCGCUGUACGAAUGUGGAAAGGAUACCGAGACGCACAGUGUGGAUGGAUUGAAGUACAAGAGGAAAAACAGCGCAUCGGUCGUAAAGAAAGAAAAGCUAACAUUGGAAUUCUUCCACAUGCCCCCUUGCGGAAGGCACUCUUUUUAGUUAUUUACGCCCCGAAAAAAGGGGUAAUAGAUAUCUGGAGCAUUCAACAUGGCUCGAAAAUUACUUCAUUCUCCGCGAGUAAAAACGGAAGAUUACUCUAUACAAACUAUGGUCUAUCAGGACUGAACGACGUGGUGCUUUCUUCCCCCAAUCGUGCACAUUAUCCGUGUGUGUUUAUGGAUCCAUUGGGGGGAAUGAAAGAGAUAAUCGUACCAUUUCAUUUUGCACUCAGCAAUCAAAAUGGGGACAGAGCUCGGGAUUUGCACCUCUUUAAAAAAUUGAAAAGCUUCAUGAGAGAGGAAGAGUUCGAUGAAGAGAGUCUGAUUGAUAAGAUCAAAUCUAUUUGUCUUGAUUUAAAGACUGAUGAAGUUAGAUUGCAGGUUGUUGAUAUGCUGAUUUCUAAUAAGCACACGACACCGGAUUCACUUCUUGCUGCGAUUGGAUGCUUUAAUCCAGAUCUCGAUAAAAACAACGAAGAUUUACAACCCACGACAAAAACUCUUCAUCAAACAAUUUCCCAGCUUAAAAAAGUUGUUGAAUUUUAUCAGUAUCUUCGAGUCCAAUUCGAUUUACCGCCAGAGUAUAACACCAUAGCGGGAAAUAGUGUCCCUAGCGCGAAAACUUUGUCGUCGAUUUUACUUGCGUCCGAGAGGGAAAUCAAUCGAAUUUUGAAAUUAUCAGAUACAGUGAAGGAAAUUCAAACUCCGGUUGCUAAAUCGAAAACGAGAGUAACUUUCAAAGAUGACGGAAGACGAUUCUACGAUUUUUUGUCAUGUUUUAAUUUCGGAAUGUCGACAUCUGUGGGGUUAAAAAAAGAUUUGUCGUUGGAAAAGAGGUCUCAAGUUUCUGAAUUAAUGUUUCAAGGAUGGUUAUAUUCGGAUGAUUCUAUAGAAAAGUGGAGAGAAGCUGCUGGCAAAAGCGACAUAAAUCCUCUAGCAAUGAUGCAAUUUGCUCUUCUAUAUUGGCUUCAUAAAAAAAGAGGCGCUCCUUUGGAAGUGGAGUUAAUUCGCUUCACGAAACUUAUACGUGCCAUUUGUUCAAUAGCCGAUGUGGACGAGAUUUGCGUCGAUUAUAACGAGAUCUCCUCAUGGUGGAAAGAGGUGCGUAAUAUUUUGACCGAUUCUUCGAAUCCAUUCCACGCAUUGACCGCCGCUCUGGCCUGCAGAGCAGUAGGGAUGCGUUUAGAAAAUUACUCGGGCCUUUCAAAUAUCGAAGGAACUACCGACAACAAUGGAAACGAAGGCGCAAAGGUAAAAAAUAUCAAUGAAAGCGAGAACGGAAAGACUGUAGAAAAAGAAGAGAAAGGCGAAGGCAGUAAAAAUGGAAACGAGGGGAAAAAAGUGGAAGAAAGUCAAGAAAAGGAAGUUCUUUCCUCAACUGAGGAUGAAACUCACAGUUCUUCCAGUGAAUGGGAAAACGUUAGCAAAGACACUUGCCAAUUUUCUUUGCUUAUUGCAAAUCUAGAGGACAUCACGAUUUUGAGUGCUAUUGUCAGCCAGCAGCCACCUUCAGAUCACACGACCCCGUUCUAUACGUUACCUUACGGAGCGAAUAAUAUUUCUUUGGGAUACGUAUUGUCUAGUGGAAAAGGAUCUAUUUCUGAAAUCGUAGCCAAAUGGCUCAGUUCCGCAGGACUCAAUCCAACUCGACUAAUAGAUACAACUGACAUAGAAUUUGAUCAAAUGCAGCUUUCGGUCGAUUCUAUGCAUCAAACUGGAUCCCUAGACGAGGCUUGUGCGGCAGAAUUAACUCAACAGGAUCGAGAUGGAUUGCUUUCCGUAUCUGUGGAAGUUGGCAAUGAAGCUAAAGAUGAUCAAUCAGCACUGUCUUACGUGCUUGAUAAAAUUGCCUUGCUCAAACGACACUUUCCCUACAGUUUGACGAGUAGUGUCUUGCUCGCAAAUCUUUCUUGGGAAUACAUAAUGUUCUGGUGCAAAGAUAUAACGAAACUUGAAGCUUUAGAGGCAGCUUUAGGAGUUUUGCGACAAAUCCCGAGAAAGCAGAUGCAGCAUGGAGUCUGUUCACUUUUGUGGACACUACACAUAAAAGAAAGAAUGGAUGCAGCCGCGAAACUUAUGAAUAAGCUUGGAAAAUUGCCAAAGGAACGAUUAUGUGUGCAAGAUAUUGGCCUUUCUGACAUGCAGCUGACGACAUUCCUCGAGCACUGUGCAACUUUUUUCGACAUUUUCCUUGAUGCUGAAGUAUUGGAAGUAGAAAAUCGAUCGAUAGUGCAAUCUGAAGAAUUGUGGGAAGGUUGUCCUCCAGGUCCUCAACCAUUUGCAACUCUUGCGAAUUCGCAACCUCCAGCUUGGUACGAGUUGAUUAUGCUGCAUUUGCAAUUGGCAACUGUUCUCCAUAUGAUAGCCCGUUUUAAUCUCAAAGUGGCGAAACCUAUACAAAAUCUGUUCGAUUCGAUAGCUCAGCGUUAUUUCUUCCAAAACAUAACAGACGAAGCAGUGAUUGUCUGGUAUCAGGAUGAAAAGCGAGACAGCUUUCGACUCGAUUUUCUCUGUCGGGUUAUUUCAUCAUCCAUGGAAUUGAUUCACCAGGAAAAUAGAAUGUCAAAUAAUUUAGUUUCGAAGGAAGCGGUAGAUUGGAUGAGCAAGUGUCAGAUGCUGGCAUCAAUUUGGAAAAUCAACAAAGAUGAGUUAAGAAUUCAUCAGGCUUGUGCUCUUUAUGCUAAUGGCUUUGAUCGUCUCGCUGAAGAGGUUGUGGUGGCUGUGAACGAUACAGAAAAGCUGGCUUCAAAAUUACUCCCAAUUGCUGGAGGAAGACUGAUGGGUUAUUUAUCAGAAGUUCCUGAUCUUUUGGAAGAAGUCUCGACAAUGAAUCCGGCACUUUCUACGUAUCUGCAAAGCCUCGUUUGGAGCGCUCCAAAGUCAAUUUUAUCGAAUUGCUCGAAUGGAGACACAGUAGAAUUAGUCCGAUGUGUUUCAAGGCUCGUAUCCGAGCAACACUGCGACUUCCAUCUCGCCCAGAUGAUGCUCGACGCGAUGUUCGUCUUCGAGGGAAAAACGUGACAUGCUAAACCAAAAACUAUAGAGCGAUUCGAAAUUUUCCGAGGUCUUGAAAAGCCUCAAUUCCUUUUUAAUUCCCGGUAAGUCAAAUAUCACAAACCACCGUCAAUUCGAUAUCCUUAAAUUUGAAUUCAGCACCUUUUACUGAAAAAUACGACGAAUUAAAAUUAAAUUUAUAAUGUACUAAAUGCCUCACUUUUGCAGUAGCGCUGCAUUUUUACAAGCAUUUAGAUUUCAGAGUCUCUUCUGAAAACGUAAAGUUGUUGCGUGAUAUUUUAGAAUUAUGUACAAAACUAGGAAAGGCGCAAAUAUGUGUAGUUAAAACUCCAUCAUUAUUACUAUAAAGUAUAUUUACAUUCGUUGAUGUUUUAUUGUUACUAUUCGAUCUUAUUCCGCAUCAUAAAUAUUUUUUUCUUUGGAAUGAUUGCGUGGAUUGAGAGAAAUUAUGUUUGUGAGUGAAAUCUCUGGAAGAAAAGACUCUUCGGUGUGAAUUUGUUGUUAUUCAAUGACAAUAAACACAGAUCAAAUAUCA